GCAAAUAUACGUGACCAACGAGGCUCAGCAAUUCGCAACACCUGUAGGCUACUGUGCGAACUAGUUGGUCGCGAAAGACUCCGAAUCUUCUUAGACUGCGGUGCAUGUGUGUGUGCGCGCUUAGUGUCGAUGCAGACGACGAUAUUUCCAAGUACAAAUUUCUCUCGUUUAUUUCUAUUGUAAAAACUCGAUCUUUGUGUGAGUUAGUGCGGUGGCAUCUUUUUUUUCAUCCUCCGAACAGCCGCACUGAUCUUCCAGGAACACACAAUUACUUCUCUCAAGCGACAUAUUUAUUAUCUCCGCAGUGGUUAUUAUCGUUCUGCAAAGAAGUUUGUCUAGAGGUAUACGCUCAGAUUAUUGAUUUGCAGGAACUUUCUGCAGUAGGAUUAUAAGGAGAACUUGACGUACAUGCUAAAAUCAUUUUAGUUAAGUAAUUUUCAAGACAGGAUCAAUUGUACAUAUAAAAAGACACCAUGGUUAUGCAAAUAACAUUACCUUUGACUAAGAAGAUAUUCAACAAAAACAAAUCAAAAAAAUAUGAAGAAAGAAUAAUUGCAGCUUUUGAACAAGCUCUGGCAUCUGGCGUAUCCGUAAAUAAUCUUAUUGAAGAUAAAGAGGAAAAUACAGCAUUACAUUAUGCUGUUCAACGCCGCUUCAAAAAAGUUGUGCUUUUUCUAUUAAAGCAAGGUGCAGAUGUCUCUAUUCAAAAUUCACAGUAUGUUACACCAAUUUCAAACAUGGAUCAGUGGCGCUAUGAAGAACAAAAACCUGGAACAAAAGAAAUUAGAGAAGCCCUUUUAUUAAACAUUGAAGAACACACAACUUCUCCAAAGUUUGUUGAAUGGGGUAUAACCAAGUUUCAUAUGAAAUGUGCAUUAGGCCACCUCGAAGAACUCAAAGUUAUGGCACAAGAAUCCCCUUGUAUAAUUAACCAAGUCAUUAGUUUAAAUUCAAAAUUAUACAAUGGCUGGGCUCCAAUCCAUUUGGCCAUUUGGUAUGGGCAUUUUGAAGUUGCUCAUUGGUUAUUAGACAUAGGUGCUGAUCCACAUGUACUGACGAAGUCGCAAGAAACGAUUUUACAUAUUGUUUCCGAGAGGUUUCGCGAGAGUAAGGCCGAGGACGAAGAGAGUGCCAAAUUAGCCGAGAGGCUCAUAAAUAUGGGUACAGAUGUCGAUUCUGCCAACGUACACGGAUUGACGCCCCUGGCUUACGCGUGUUUCGGCAAUCACAGUUUGCAAAAUACACUGAGACUGGUCGAGAUGCUCUUGAGCUAUGAUGCCUCAGUUAGCACGUUGGCACCUCACAAGAUUAAAUUUGACAUCACCUCUGCCCCCGGCAAAUUGAUUCUACGACGCAUGAAGCAGGACGAGCUGCUGGAUCCCAAACGUACGAACGAGAAGACCAAACAGAUGUAUGCGAGUAAGUGUGAGCUUUACCGAGUCGAAUGUGACGGCGACGUUAAAGACCUCGAUCCGACCGAGGAGUGCCAAGCGGAAAUAAAUCGAAUGGAUAAAUUAGGAAUCAGAGGUAUCAUAAUGAAUGCGAAUUGCCUCCAAGGAAGCGAAUCGAGGGUCCGACUCCGUAAAGUUCUGGCGAGCCCUACAUUUGACCAAGAUUAUCCGAAUUACGGUUAUCUUUUGAAGUUGAGAUUCCAGCGUAAGCUCAAGAUGUCUGUCGAGGCCACGUACUCUCUCAUGGAAAUCUCAAGUUAUCGCUUGCCAUUCUUAUGCGCCGAAGACAUCGUUUGGAGGUUGAGCGACAAGGACGUCACGAGAAUGUUACAGUCAUUGGCUCCAUGCACCGAUAAUAAUAAUAAUAAUAAUAUUGUGAAUAAAGUAACAUCGCCAAAUAAAAAACUUGGAAAGAGCCCGACUACAGUUCAAAAAAGCCCGAUCGCCAGGUCGCCAGCCAAGAAACGACCGAGCCCAGAACCUUGCUCUCCAGAGCGAGAUAUAAAAAAACCAAGAACGCUUGCGUUUUGAGGGGAUGCCCAAGCUAGCCCGAAAGUCAUAUGUUCAAGCUUAUUCUCUGAAAUUUUUACUGAAUCUUUCAUUAAAAGCCUUUUAGAGAAUCAUUCGGUGAGAGUUUCAGAUGACGAGGUUGAACAUUUGAUUUUUAGGCUGGCACUGUAAUCUCCUUAAACUCGGCAAAAGAUGACUCGAACCAAACAAAAUGUACAGAAAUAUCAAGUCUGAUCAUCGUUUCAUUAUACCUGAUUGAAUCAUGUACCUAUAUUGUAUUUAUAAUGUUUAUAAAAAAAAGCUAAUUGUAGAUUAUAAUAAGUCGUUCGUAUUAUGACGGUUACGAACAAACACCAACAUAUAGGUUAUUUGUAAAUAGUUAUCCGUAGUUUUAAAUAUUCAACUACGAAAUAGUCAAAAUGAACUAACCAUUAAGUUAUUCGUGUUUAACGCAAUGGAUUAGAAAGACAAAAACCGAGCUUUAACUCAUUAUGAAAUAUACUCGUUCGAAUAUAAUAAUAAUAAAAAAAAAUUGAAUAUUUUUCUUUAAGCAGAAAAAGUCAUAAUGAAGAGAGUACAUGAUGUACUUCGAUUUCUUACUUAAAUUAAUUUGAACAAUCAUUGAAAGCUCCGUACAAUAAUGUAUUCUUAUAUUAUAACGCAAAGUAAAUAAAUGUUUUGUAUAAAAUUGA